AUGCUGCCUUGGUUUGUUAUUCCUUUGAUUGGACUAUGGGCUCUGUCUCAGCUUCUUCCACCAGCUUUCCGUUUCGAAAUUACUUCACCGAGGCUUGCUUGUGUGUUUGUGCUCUUGGUUACUCUCUUCUGGUAUGAGGUUUUGAUGCCUCAGCUGUCUACUUGGCGUGUGCGUAGAAAUGCCAGACUUAGGGAGAGAGAGAGAUUAGAAGCUAUUGAAAUGCAAAAGCUAAAGAGAAAUGCAACAAGGCGUUGUCGCAACUGCUCAACACCUUACAAGGACCAAAACCCUGGUGGUGGAAAGUUUAUGUGCUCUUAUUGUGGCCAUAUAUCAAAACGUCCUGUUUUAGACAUGCCCCUGUCUUCCGGAUUAGAGAUUUCUGGCUCAGGGAUUUUGAAGGAUCUUGUUGGAAGAGGUGGAAAGAUGUUGAAUGUGAAGGGAUGGAGUGAGAGCGGAUAUUUGCACACGCAAGAGUGGUCUGAGAGCAGUGCGUGGAGUAGCGGGUCAAGCUACUGGAGGAGUGGUGAAUUUGAUGGAGAUGAAAGUUGUUUGGUGGAGAAAUCUUAUUCUGGUGGCGUUGUUUUUACUUGCAGGUUGCUGACUUCAUUUUUCAUGAGCAUUAGUUGGCUGUGGAGAAAGAUUUUUAGAUUUAGUUCAUCAGUUGAUGAUUCAUCACUUGACCGUGAGCGGAGACGGUUACUGGCUAGGCAGAGUGAAAAUGGAAACAGCUAUCAUGAGAGUAGGGUAGAAAAAGCACGUAGAAAAGCAGAGGAGAAGAGACAAGCUAGGAUGGAGAAGGAGCUUUCAGAGGAGGAAGAGAGAAAACAAAGAGAAGAAGUUGCAAGACUAGUGGAAGAACGGAGGAAGCUGAGAGAUGAGAUUACCGAGGCCGAGAAAUGCAGCAAAUUAUCACUGGCUGCCAAGGAGAAAGUCAUCAAGGAAGCAGAAAAGAAGCGUCAGGAAAGAAGGAAAGAGAGAGAAAAAGCCUCAAGUAAGAGCAAUUCUGAUGGUGAAGAGCAUGACAAGAGAACAGAGAAGAAGCGAAAUCUUGAUAAGAAUGAGAGGUGUGCACCUGAUAAUUUUAGGGGGACCAACAUGGAAAAGAGACAUGGACAAUGUAUAGAGAAUAAUGCCACUAGUAACAGUACACAAUCUGGUGGUCGAUACUUUGAUCGAAUGAAGGGUACAUUCUUGUCUUCUUCUAAGGCUAUCACUGAUAGCCGUUUAUUUGGAAGAGGCGUUACUACUUCUCCUACAGUUGUAAAAGAAAACAAGCCCAUCGGUUCUGCAGUUAAUUCUCAUACAUCUGCUCAUGCUAAUCGUCCCGUUGUUUCUGACCCAACACUGAGUAGAGAACCUAGAAAAGCAUGGCACCAACUGUUUGCCCGUUCAACUUCUGUUCCUGUUUCCACGAAUGUUAGUAUUAUAAGCAGACCUAGUGCAAAGCCCCAGGAAGCUGUUCAGAACUCAGAGGUUUCCAGUCAAGUUUCCUCGAUACGAACAUUUGACAAUCCCAUCAGUUUUGGUCUCCCAUCGCCAUUCACCAUACCUGUGUACUCUAGUGGAUCCGCUACCAGUACUGUAGGUUUCUCUCCUCCAACAAAGAUUGCUUUCCCUCAACACGUUGAAGAUGAGCAUUUUGAAGAUCCUUGUUAUGUUCCGGAUCCGAUAUCUCUACUGGGACCUGUUUCAGAAUCACUUGAUUUAAGGGCUGGAUAUGAGACUGGCAUAGGACUGGGAAAACACAAUGCAAAGAAGAAUACACCUACUUGUGAAAUCAACAAGCCAUCUCCGAUUGAAUCUCCCUUGUCCAAGUCACGGGCUGCGGAUGAAAAACAGGCUAAUGAUGGAAGCUGGCAAAUGUGGAAGAGUCCCCUUGGCCAAAACAGUCUCGGUUUAGUUGGUGGAUCAGCAAAUUGGACUAUACCUUCAGAGACAACUAGAUCUAACGAGGAAAGUGGAAUGCAUCAUGUGCCUCAGCAUAGAACAGCAUCACUAUUUGCCAAAGAGGAUGCUUACUCACACUCACACGGGAAAGACUCUCUUGAAAAUGAUCAGCAAGGCGGCUUUUUCAGCCCCACUACUGGUCCAAGCAACCAUGAUCCUUGGUCACAGAAGAUGUUCUUCCCUUCAUUGUCUGGCAUAGAGAGUCCUUUUUCUUUUAGUAUACAAACAGAAAGUGUCGUGAACAAUGUGGCGGCUUACCGGAGUCCUACUGAAUCUGCUCGAGACAAUCCAUUUGAGCAUCCUUCUCCGAAUCACUGGCUCAAGAAAGUAAAGAGCUCAGGGGAUGGUACUGGGAAGCAGUUUGUGGCGGCGGGUGAAGUUGAGAAGCACCAAAAAGAUGUAGGGUCGUUUUGGUAG